AUAAUCAACCUGCCAGAAGGAGAGGGAGAUGGCUUACCUGUUACAGUCGUAGGCAAAGCAGUUUUGGCCUCAAAAAAAAUUCGUUUACUUUAUUCCCCGCUAAUAAAGCACUGGGAUAGUGAGAAGAAAAAGCAAACUAAAAGCACCUUCCUGCUUUACCCUGUGUCUUCCUCAGGUAUCUGAAGUGAAGAUGGCAGCGGCACACCGCAAGGAUGGUGCUGGUUCCCAGGCUGUUGCACUCUUUCACCUGAUGCGUAAGCUGCAAUUUUUUGAAGCAUUUUCUCAUGAUCCUCAGGUUGGUUUGUAACUUCUCCCACCACCACGCUGAGGGCAAGCGCUGGCUGGCUUCCAUGUGCGCUGUGGGGCUGUGACCUCACAGCUGAGUCUAUAGAAGCUAGCAACCAGCACGCUGCCUCUGCCAGUGCGGUCGUGACCAGCUUUGAGCGAUGGCUGACGACAGCGUUCUCGAUGUCCCUAUCACCCUUUCCCUUCUGUACGACCUCAUGUUCUUGGCAUUGGGGGUCUCCCUGCUCAACAUCAUCUGGCACCUACUGGCUGGCAGACGACGCUUGCGAUUGAGGAGAUGGUGGCAGCGAGGAGCAAGAGCACCGGAGUCGGGUGAGUCUCCUGUGGGUCAGCCCCAAGCCCCAGGCUUGCCCUGAUGCAUGCCCAGGCAGGGCUGGGCCCAUGAGGGCAGCUCAGCCCUGGGCCAGGACCUGGCACAGUGCAGGUUGGCCUGAUGGGCCGAGGGCGUCCCUGGUGCCCACGUCCUGCCGUGGCUCAGGCCCCCUCCCUGUUUUGCAGGUGCCAAAAGACAGGCAUGUGGGCCACGGUGCUGCUGCCCCAGCUGCAACCGCUGCAGCAAAGCUGACCAGGAGCUGCAGGAGCUGGUGCCGUCGGCGCGGCCUGAGCAUGUGGCUACUCCGGGCCCUGACUUAUGGCAGGCGGCCCGGAGGGACCUGGCGGAGCCGGUGGAGCAGGGCGGCCCGUCCUGCUGCUACUUUGCAAACGUCCAGAGCUCUCCCAGAAGAAACAACAACUCCAUUAAUGUGCACCGGGGAGCCUUGAGAGAGCCGGUGUCUGUCUUUGCCCCGGGACGUAUGCGGACUGUCGCAUCCCACAGGGAUUGCAAAAUCGAGCCCUGCUGGUUGGAGCCCUUUCUGCUGCAAGGUCUGGGCCCCUCUUCGCAGGACAGGGGGGAUGCCAUUGUGGCCAGCGUGUGGGAGAAGCAAGCGCAGGGGCUGGGUGCGUAUGGCAAGACCACUGAUGCAUGCAGAGCUGGAGGGCGACCAGGCUAUUUCCCUAGUCAGGGUCUCUGCCUGCCAGGUCUGACAGCAACGAAACCCACCCAGACAAAGAGUCAAGGUGGCAAGGCAGCCAGCAGAGCAGUAGCAGAUUCCACCGGGGUCUGCUCGUCCAGCCGGCCACCAGCAGAGGACUGCAUUGUGCGUGAGAACAUCCUCCUCCCAGACGGGCGGCUGCCCCAGAGGCCGGAUAAUCUCGUGCACCUUCCGGAGUGGGCGGUGUUUCCACCAGCCCUUCGCAACACCUACACAGACGCUGCGGUACUGGCAGCAAGACCAGCUCCAGUCCGAAGAGAUGUUGGUGUUGGUACUUCUGCGAGAGAGGAGAACUUGCCGCGUUCCUUUGGUGUCCAAAGAAGCGCGGGAAAACGAAGCAGGCAGUGUGAACAGGAUCAGGACAGGCAAGUGCUGAGUGAACACCGGCCACGUGGGGCCCUCGAGAGCUGGUGUUCAAAGGCAGGAAACAGAGAAGAGAAGCACGGUGCAGUCAACUCCUCUAGCCGGCCACCAGCAGAGGACUGCAUUGUGCGUGAGAACAUCCUCCUCCCAGACGGGCGGCUGCCCCAGAGGCCGGAUAAUCUCGUGCCCCUUCCGGAGUGGGCGGUGUUUCCACCAGGCCUUCGCGAGAUCACCAAGGAGCUUCCAGGACAAACACCAUCCAAGAGACGCACAGGGAAACCAAGUCAGCUCCCUGAAGACGAACAACGCUUGCAAGUCCAGAGGGAAUGCAGGCCACUCAGAGUCGAAAACAGGGCUUCCACGGUGGGAAAAAGAGAAGAGAAGCACGGUGCAGUCAACUCCUCUAGCCGGCCACCAGCAGAGGACUGCAUUGUGCGCGAGAACAUCCUCCUCCCAGACGGGCGGCUGCCCCAGAGGCCGGAUAAUCUCGUGCCCCUUCCGGAGUGGGCGGUGUUUCCACCAGCCCUUCACAACACCUACACAGACGCUACGGUAGUGGCAGCAAGACCAGCUCCAGUCCGAAGAGAUGUUGGUGUUAGGUCUUCUGCGAGAGAGGAGAACUCGCCGCGUUCCUUUGGUGCCCAAAGAAGCGUGGGAAAAGAAAGCAGGCAGACACUGCCACCAGAGCUAGGAACAGUUGUGCAUGACAACAUCUGGCAAACAGAUAAGGCCAUACAUUGGUGGCAGCAGAAGGCCCAGCACCAGUUGGAUUGUCCAUGCAUCCACCGGAAGAUCCCCAAAUCCACAAGGCAGUAAGACCACCAGCAGCAGCACCUUCAAGCCUGGCUAAAGAAGGUGACUGCAGGAGUGCAAGCAGCCAGUGUCCAAGCUCUGCCCUCAGUGACAGGAGAAGUGCAGAGCAGACAGGCAGGCCCUCCAUGAACAGGCAGCACUCGUGGAGGCUGGUGGCACCCACACCCUCCAGCAGAAAUUGUCAGGGUUCCAAGCCAGGCAGGGGAGCCACAGAGCAGCCCCCACGGCCACCCGUGGAUGAGAGACUUUGUCAACCAAACCAGGGUCAACGCUGGUGGGACGACAAGGCCCAGAAGCCUUCUGCAUUGCCUGUGUCCAAGCCCCAAGUGCUUCCAGGUGCCCAUAAGACAGCGGGAUCAAAGGGAAAUGCAGAGAAGCCAGACCCGCCCAGCAUGAAAAAGCUGCACCAGCACGUGCAGACGACUCCCAGGCAUGCCGGGAAAGAGAUCUGGGGCUCCAAGCCAGGCAGAGGUGCCAAAAAGCAGCCUCAUGGGAUCUGCUCCUGCUUUCUGCCACCACUGCAUGCCACCAGGGUGCGUGGCAUUCUCCUUGGUCCCCAUGAGAGGCUACACUGCCGGUAGGAGGUGGCCCAGCAGGUUCCUGCGUUGCCCUUGGCCUCCUCCUCUUGGACUUCCCAACUUGAAUACAGGGCAGCAGCACAGGCAGCACAAACAGCUUCAGUGCUGCCAGAGGAGGACAGUGGCUGUCAAGCCAGCGUCACCACUGUGGGAAGUGCAAAGAGCCCCAGCCCCAUGCUACUUCCUUCCCCUAGUGCACAUCAAGGAAGCAGAGAGGCCAUGGGUGCCCACGGCUUUUGUCAUCAGCAUCCAAUUGGCUCUGGGAGGGCCAAGCGUGGAAGGAUGUAGCGGAGGACUGGGGAACAGACAGCUCGCAGCUACAGUCCCAUUAAAUCCUGUUUC